AGACGACCGUUAGACCCGAUUACGUAUUUCUGCGCAUGAAUUUAGCGAGCCAACAUCACCAUGACUUCGCCUACAAGCGUUUUCGGGGAUUUCUGUUGGAGAAGCAGUUUCUGCCUAUCUUCAUACUGUAUUGUCUUUGGUAAUAGUCUAUUAUAAAAAGGUCAGGUGUAAAUAACCGCACAAACAAAACACAUGCAGUUGGUUUGGACAAAGACAGUGGAUGCUGAUUGAUGACUUGCUGCUUUGAAUAGGACGAUUAUUUCAAACUUUUAGUACCGAAAGUCAGUUUACAGUUUCUUCAAGACUAUAAUUAAGUUACAUUUUUUUGGGUAAAUGAUGAUAGUGACUGACAAAAUGCACAUUGGAAUUAUUGGAAUCCUACUGGGCAUGUACUUGAAGGUUCAAGCAGACUGUGAGCCGUACAUCAUUCUUAUUAGAGAGGAGGAGCGGUGCCUUCAUGAGUUGCAACUGCAUAAUGUGUCCAAAACUCCCCAACCAGACUGCAAGGGUAUGUGGGACCACUUGAAUUGCUGGUCUCCUGCUUUUGUAGGGGAAACUGCAUCACAGAACUGUCCCAAUUUCUUCAAAUCAGAAGGUAAAGUGGACCGGAACUGCACAGACACGGGCUGGACGGACCCAUUCCCCCCUUACGAGCAUGCAUGUUUCAACGAAAGCUUCCACUUACUUGGAGAGUCACAUGACUCCCACAUGUACUUCCCCUAUGUGAAGACCAUGUACACUGCAGGCUACGCUCUCUCUCUAAUCUCUCUCACCAUCGCCAUCACCAUCCUCUGUCUCUUUAGGAAACUGCACUGCACCAGAAACUACAUUCACAUCCAACUCUUCGUUUCCUUCAUCCUGCGUGCUACCUUCAUCUUCAUCAAAGACUCUGUGCUCUUCACCGAUGAAGACUUCUACCACUGUGACGACUACCCAGCGGUGUGUAAGUUAGUGGUGAUGUUCUCCAACUACUGCAUCAUGGCUAACUACAGCUGGCUGCUGGUGGAGGGACACUACCUCCACACCCUGGUCAGCCUCUCCUUCUUCUCCAAGAAGAAACACCUUUGGUGGUACAUCAUCCUGGGCUGGGGUUUGCCAAUGAUUGUCAUUGUAUCCUGGGGCUUGGCAAAAUACUUCUAUGAGGAUGAAGGCUGCUGGGAGACAAGGGUACAUGACUGGGUUUGGUGGAUUCUCAGAUUACCAGUCCUACUCUUCAUAAUCAUUAAUUUGGUAUUUUUUCUGAGUAUCAUAAGAAUUCUGGUGGGGAAACUGCGGAUGCCAGACAUGCAUGGAAAUGAAUUCAGCCAAUACAAGAGACUUACCAAAUCCACUUUUCUUUUGGUGACCCUCUUUGGUUUGUACUACAUCCUCUUUGCCUUCUUACCCAUCAAAGUCAGUGGUUUAACUUACAAAAUAUGGACCUUUGUUGAGCUGGCUCUUGCAUCAACACAGGGCUUUGGAGUUGCUGUUCUUUACUGUUUUCUAAAUGGGGAGGUACAGUACGAGGUACAGAGGAGAUGGCGCAGGUGGAGGCUGAAGCAGCAUCUACACGGGGAGCCCAGACAGCAUGGUUCCAUGAGCCAAAGCGUUUCUCCCCUUACCCAGGUCUCCUUGCUUCCCUGUUCUGGACCGGCCAGCCUGGCAUGACCUUUGACCCCCCCCAAAUCACUGGUGAUCUCCUAGACAUACCGGUUAAAAAACACUUACACAGAUGACUCUCUCAAGACAUCAAAUUAACUUCAAGUUCUGGAACUUUCUUGAACUUGAGGAAUGGUCCACAGAAUCACUUGGCCACUCUUGAAGACUUGGACGUGGCAUGGGAAACAGCACUGUACUGUGAUUUUGUGCCAUUCCCUCAAGCUCAAGCAACAUUUCUAGGACAGUGGACUUGGCCUGAAGAUCUAAGACAUUUGGGUUCAGUAGAAAU